AGCAAUCGCAACUGUAAUAUUCUAAGAAACUACGCUUUUGCAGAAGACAGCUUUUUGAGGGAGUCUGAACAAGUGAUGCCAUCUGAUUGUGUUAAUUUCACUUGAAUUCAUCUAAAACCCUUCUGAGAGUUUUGCCCUCUACAUUGUGCUAAAGAGGUCAGAGUCCAGCCACUGGAUAAACAAUCAAACAUUUCAUCUGUGACUGUGAGGUCAUGGGUUCUCAAACAGCUGCAUACCAGUGGACUGAUCAUUUGUUUUCAUUGUUGUAGUCCAAUACAAAGUCACCACCAGCUAAGCUAUCACAGAAUGGAUGCAUGGAGUUAAUUUCUCUCAGGUUUACAUGCUGACAUGGUUCACAGCACACCGGGAACGGAAGGAAAAGCUUUUCAUCUCAUUUAAUCGGAUAUUCUUGCAUUUUUCUCAGAAACAGUCAUUAACAGAUUGAGGCUGGCUAUUAGGUGGAUUCCAGGCUUCUUAAGGCAACUAGUUGACGUCAAAGAACGAUUUUGCACUUGAACAGGAAUCUAACCAGCAGAAACUUCUCACUCAGCUGAUUUAGCACGGUUGCUCAAUAAAGCCAUGGCUUGGAAAUGGAUGGCUUGCAAAACUUUUGUUUAUUUGUUAGUGUGCGUCACCUCUGCUGUGGGUGAUGAAGAACCAUCCCGACCCACGUGUGCUGACUUCAACAACACCACCUGGCUGGAAUACAGACAAGCCACCAAGCUCCAGGUUCAGUACCUUCUCCUUACACGAAAGAAUGCAGACUGUGCCAGCCUAUUCACGCAGGAUUGCCUCAACCAUACCCAGAAACACACGGCUUACUUCAACUCAUCACUCCCCACUAAAGUCAUUGUUCAUGGAUACAGAGCCAUGGGCAGUAAACCUUCCUGGGUGAGUGGCUUAGCUCAGGCUCUACUGCAGGAAGAGGACGUGAACGUUCUGGUGGUGGACUGGGUCUAUGGAGCCUCCUUUGCUUAUAACUUGGUAGUAGAGAACUACAAGGAGGUGGCAGUGCAGAUAUCAGUGCUUAUCAAUCAGCUGACGAAGUAUGGAAGCACACUGGAAUCUUUCCAUUUCAUCGGCGUGAGUCUUGGAGCACAUGUGUGUGGAUUUGUGGGGACCCUAUUUGAAGGCAAGCUGGGUCGAAUCACAGGUCUGGACCCAGCAGGACCCAUGUUUAAGGGUGCUGAUCCAUAUGACCGUCUGGAUUCAUCUGAUGCCUUGUUUGUUGAGGCCAUUCACACCGACUCAGACUACUUUGGAAUAUCCAUUCCUGUCGGACAUGUGGAUUUCUUCUUAAAUGGUGGAAUGGACCAAGCCGGUUGUGCACGCUCAAAGUUUGCUUCAAUUUUUAUCUACUUUCCAGUGUAUGGCUAUGUCAUUUGUGACCACAUGAGGGCACUGCAUGUCUACAUGAGCGCCCUGAACGGCUCCUGUCUGCUUGUUGGUUUCCCCUGCUCCAGUUAUGAGGAAUUCCUGGCAGGAAAAUGCAUCACCUGUGAGGGACCCUUCAAUGGCACAUGCCCACAAAUAGGUUUGUUAAAGAACAGUGGGAUAACAGCUACUCCACUGCCAGAUCAAAAGAGGGUCUAUCUCCUGACCACUGCUACGCCGCCGUAUUGUGCGCAUCACAUCCUUGUGGAUUUGAAGGUUUCCCCAUUAGACAAGACUGCUGAGGUUCAGCUCACCCUGAUCUCUACAGGACACCCUGAGACAGAGAUAAAGCUCAAACUAAAUGCAGCUGAAACUGCUUUUAAAGCGGUGGCUGCACACCCGGAGGGACUGUGUAAAAUUGACUCAGUGCAGCUGAAAAACAUAGGAGCACGAUUCACCAGACAAGGGGACGUUCAUUUUGAGUAUAUAUGCAUCUCUGAAGUCCCUCACACCAGAGGGUUGGAUCCAUUAUGUGUGAAGAACAUUCAUAUUGGACGGGGAGUAUCAUGGUCACACGACUUUGUACAAGUGUGCUAAAUUAAUAAAACAACACAAAAAUCUACUUAAGAGAGCUUAUAUAUUAACCAACUUUCAAGCGAAGGUCACACACUAAAACUUUUUUAGCAGGUUUAGGUUAGGAGACAUUAAAGCUUGGCAAAUAAGACAUAAAUAGGAUACAAGGGGACCGAAAUGCUUCAUUAGAUAUAUUUAUUGUGUUUUCACAAAAUAUUUUUUUUCCACACACACACACACACACACACACAAAUAUAUAUUUUUAACAGAUUCUUUUGUUUUUAUGUUCACUGUUCCAGAGAGUGUUAUAAUGAAAUUUCAAUCGAGAGGAAUUUAACAUACCUGAAUUUCUGUUUAGUUUUGUUAGACAACAAUCAACAACAAAAACAUUGUGAAUUAUGGAAGUCGGUCAUUCAACAUACAUCAGUUAUUUUGUGUGUUAAUAUAUGUGCUGAACGUACUAGUUCAUUUUCAAUUAUUAAAAAUAUAUAUUCAAGGUACAAAAAUUCUAUAUUUUGGCACUGUGGAUGUUUUGGCACAUUAGUUUUUUUAACUGCACACUGCAUACUUGAUAUUGCAAAUUAGUAUCUGUCCAUUCACAAUUAGUAAUAAGGCUAAUCUCUGCUUUGAAAUGGCAUCUUAAGAGGAAUAUCAAGUCACAUUUUAACCCAGCAAUUAACAGUUGGCCCCAUGAAAAUACAUUUUCAUAACAUGGUCAGUAUACAGUCUCAAUACAUGAUGAUGAAGCGUUUACUAAAUUCCUGUUAUGAUAAAGCACACACUUUUGUAAUAAAUCUCAUUUAAUAUAUAUAGGCUACCUAUUAUCAAUCAACUCUGAGGUGUUCAAUUUUAAAUAAAAAUUGAUUUGUUUGUGUUGAAAAGUCUAAUUUAUUGCUUUUAACCGGCACAGUAUUCAAAACAGAUUUAACCAACAAGCACAUGCCAUUUCGAAUAAUUAUGACAGCCAUGUUGCUAAAGGAUGAGAAUGCGUUGGAAUCAUAUAAAACACAGUAUCUGUCUGAAAAAAAAGGUUUGUGAUUCUGUUUUGUCCUAAACAAAAGUACAUUUGAUGGUUCUUUUAUGGUCCUGUGCUACAGUUGUCUUCAAUCAUAUAAAAGUAAACCGCUAUGAUGGUGAUUUAAUGAAGAAUUCGCUCAAAUGUUAGCCUUUAUGCUGCUGAAACCAUUCCUAUAGCUUUGGGGUGUCAGUAGGGGCCAGUGGCGCACGUCCUCUUUGGAAACGAAGUGGAAGACUUCCUUGAGUAUCAUCGUCUGUUA